GGCUUAACAAGCGUCGGGGCUUUUCUCUCCGCAGCUUGCAAGAAUCUCUGGUUUUUGCAAAACAGUUCCAAGAAAACAAUGGCCAGCUUCUCAUUAUGGGCAACUUUUGGAUUAUGUUUGCUGAAGCUUUGUCUAACAGAAACACAAUUCAAUGUAAGUUGCAGAUAUGGCGGAGUUUUUCAUGUUGAGAAAAACGGUCGCUACAGUCUCACACGAUCUGAAGCAGUCGAACUCUGCAGAGCUCUCAAUAGUACCUUGUCAACACUAGAGCAGUUGAAGAAAGCUCAUGAACUUGGAUUUGAAACUUGCAGGUAUGGUUUUGUAGUGGGAAAUAUUGUUAUCCCACGAAUCAAUCCCUAUCAUCUUUGUGCAGCAAAUCAUACUGGUAUUUACAAACUUUCAGCAAACACAACUGGUCGGUAUGAUGCAUACUGUUACAAUGCGACAGAAACAAGGAACAAAACAUGUGAGCCAAUUGAAAGACUAAAUACUUCUUUCCUCAACAAUCAGGGUGAAAUAGUCAUUGACAAUGCAGAUGGCUCACGUUAUAAUGCAGAUGGCACGCGUCAUAGCGAAGAGUCCCCAACCUCAGGCGUGGAUGAUGAAAAUGUAGGUAGUGGAUCAACACAUGACACAACUCCCAUGGACAUCUCCGUCAGGAGAUCCAGCCCCUCAUAUUACGGAAGUGCUACUCCAGUCUCACAGCUGCCAGAUCAUUCUUCUGGAGGGGGUGAAAAAGAAAUUCCUAGAAAAGAUUCUGAUGAUGAAGUUUCUCCUGUAUCACCUGACAUCUCUUUAGUGACGGCAGCUGAUGAUUCCCCUGAAAAAGAUGGAGGAUGGUAUCCUGCGAGUACUAGUAAGGUUUAUGUAUUAUAAUAACUACAUCAAAUAUAGAUUGCAUUAAAACUGCUUUCUUCUUCCAGCAGGGCAUUCUGGUAAGUGGUGAAGUAUACAUCAUCUCCAAUUUUGGAAAGACAUUGAAAGACAGUACUUUGCAGACUGGUUAAGUCAGAAAUAAAUUUCCCU